AUGUCGAAUUUAUCAAAGCUUGAAUUUGUGACACUUGACAUCUCUGGAAAGAGCUAUUUGUCAUGGGUACUUGAUGCUGAGAUUCACCUUACCGCUAAAGGUCUUGGUGAUACUAUAGUCGAAGGAAAUGAAGCAUCAAGUCAAGAUAAAGCGAAAGCUAUGAUUUUCCUUCGCCAUCAUCUUGAUGAAGGGUUAAAAUGUGAAUAUUUAACCUUGAAAAGUCCAUUUGAAUUAUGGACUAGUUUGAAGGGAAGGUAUGGCCAUCUAAAGGCCACGCAACAAUACCGUGAGAAAGGCUUUCAUAAAUAUUCUGAGUUGAUGUCAUGCCUUCUGGUGGCUGAGGAACAUAAUGCCCUUUUAAUGAAAAAUCAUGAAGCCCAUCCCACUGGAUCUGCUUCAUUCCCAGAAGCGAAUGUGAUAGUGAAAGAUCAAAAGUCUGAAAGAAGACUAAAUAAUAAUCGGGAUCGUAUAAAUAAACGUUGGCGUGACAAAGGAAGAAAUAAUAAUACUCAUGGUGAUGGUCAUUAUAAACAAGAGAAUAAUAAGGGUUCUCAAAAUUUCAAAGGGAAAAAGCUAUAUUUGCUAUCAAUGUGGCAUGAAGGGGCAUUGGGCACAAAAUUAUCGUACGCCUAA